ACGAACAAACAAAAAGACAACAAACGUUUCCCUCCAGAAAAAUAACGAUUUACGAUGAAACUUGAGGAUAAUAUCUGUCCAAUAUGUCUCUAUGUAUUCAUACAACCCGUGACUAUGCCAUGCUGUCACGAAUUGUGCUUGGAAUGCUUUAAGCAAAAUGUCGAAGAAGCAAACUUCUGUUGCCCGAUGUGUCGAACGCGAAUUUCAACAUGGGCUAGAAGAGCGGCAAGAAAUAAGGCUUUAGUAAAUGAAGUUAGAUGGACAGCGAUUAAAAAUGCCUUCCCAGACCAGGUGAAAAAUCGCCUUGAAGGUUUAGAAGAGGAAGAUGAGGAAAUGAAUGCCCUGAAUAUCUCUAUCAAGCUGGCAGAACCUGGAGAAAUCAGAUCUGAAUUUGAGGAACAACUAAGAAUGCUCCGUGAGCAGCGAGCAUUGGAGGCGAGACAGGAGGCUGAGGCGAGUGAGAGGCUGAUCAGACAGCUGCAGGAGGAGGAGGCAAGGAAACUGGCAGAGCUGGAGGAGAUACGCAGGAAAGAUGAGGAGCUUGCACUGCAGCUGAGUAGGGCUUCAAGCAAUGACUCAGAAAUUGUUAUCCGGUCUUCCACCAGCCGAAGCCACAGUUCCUCAUCUUCAAGCCUGGGCAACAAAACGCCCAUGAAGAGCCCAUAUGGGGAUAGCCCAUUUCUUUUGAAGACCUUCUCGGCCGGGCUUGUGUCCCCAGGCUCCCAGAUGCUGAAGUCAUUCAGCCCCACCCAUGGGACGGGCAAGGGGUGCUCCACAGAAGGGAGCGCCCUCUUGAGGAAGAUUCGCCACGACGAAAAUCUGAUUACCACACAGGAUAUAGAGAACAUGGAAGAAGCCUUCAAGAAAAACACUCCCAAGCUCGACCGCUCUACGUCUCUCUGUUCAGUACUGAAGAUCCAGACGCCCAGUCAGACAUUGCGAGGGUUACACCGCAGCGAGAUCCUUGACCAGAUGUCCAAGUCUAUCAGCAUCAACAUCGAUGACCUAGAGAGUAACUCCUCCACCCCCCCGGUCAACCCCAAGCCUAUAUUCCCAACAAUGUCUCCUACACUGGAGAAGGAGGGAGGUCCCAGUGAGACGGUCCUCAGGGCUCACAGCACGGACAGUAUCACCCAGGAGCUCAACCAUUUCAGACCAAUCAGAAGCUGCCCUCUGACCCCACCGCGCAGGCUGCCCAGCGGACAGGUUGUUGAGCCGCUGGUGAUCAGGACAACUCCACGGAACCUGAGCAAGUCCAUGACUGGUUCUCCCUCCUCCCCUGACGACCAGUCGCUAGCAGAGAUUGACGCUGGGAGCCCCAUCAUGAAGCGCAGGUUGACCGAAUUGGCUGAGGAGCGCAAGGAUAAGGUUGACAAAAUGAGCAAGUCUACGUGUACAGCGUCCACUGAAAUGCGUGAUGAGAACAAAAACCCAGACAUUGGCUAUAAACUGCAUCAAACAAAACCAAGUGCAGGCAACCGAAACGUUGAUUUCAAGGAUAUUUCAAAUUCAGCAGUACUCAGCAAUAAACAUUGCAUCCAGGUAACAAAGGGCAGCAUUAAAGAAAAGUUAAUAAUCCCGCUUGAGGCAGAUUUGGAUGGGGAGGACAUAUUUGGGGAUACAGUUGCAAGCAUCCAUUGUGAAACCAAGCAUGAAGCAACUAUGAAAAGUGGGCGGUUGUCACGAAAACAAACAGCAUCGAAAACCAAACAGAGAUACACAGAGAGUCCUCAACAGUCGUUACUUAAGUGGGCUAAGCCAGUUGAUAUUGUACAGGUGGCUGACAAUGAUACGGAGGUUGAAAGGGACAAUACAAACAAUAAGGCAGUGUGUGCCGAGACAAAACGGGUAAGGAAUGGAAACAUUGUUAAGCGACCGUUAAGAGUCCGAAAGACGGUAAGAGAUCCAGAUUUCCUGUAUGACAGCUUUAAACAGAAGAAAGCUGCAGUGGAUAUUGACGACUGUGAUGAGCCAGAUUCUAUGCAAGUAGGUGACAUUGGGAGUGGGGAUGAUGACAACGAAGAGGUCAUCAAUCUUGACAGUGAUAGUCAAGAGGAACUUGCAGUUGUAAAGAAGGCAAAGCGACGACGACUUAAUGAGUCAGAAUCCGAGGAAAGUGUUGAAAGCCAAACAGUUAAAAGUACUAGGCAGUUUUACAAGAAACCAGUAAAUCAAAAGGGAUGUUUGAAAGAAAGCAGUAGGAAAACUUUGAGUAAGAAGAAAACAUACAAAUGCAAAACGAAAAAAGGUGAGAACAAAUACAGCAAGGCAGAAAAAACUAUGGAAGAUUAUUUUGAAGCGACCAGAACUCAAGAGGAAAAUGACAUGUUGAUGGCAUGUGAGCUGCAAAAGCAAUUUGAACUUGAGGCCAAGUUACAUUUGAACAGUUUUAGGUUUAAAGGAAGUUCUGGGCAGUACGAGUUGAGACAAACUCGUGGAAAAGCAACCGAGUCUUGUGAAACCUAAUGUUCAAAUUUUAAUAUGAUUAACUCCACAUGUGAAUAUUUUUAUAUUGUAGUCUGUAGUGCCAUAAUAUAAAGACUUUUUAGGUUCGGCGAGCAAUAAUUUACAUGAACUGUUUGUUUAUUAUCAGUUUCUUUGUCAAAAUGUAUUUACAUUAUUAGUUGUAUUUAUUAUAUUACAGUGGAUCUUAUCCAACCUGUAAUUAGAAAAUUUCAAAUUCAUUAUAUGAUCUAAAAAUAUGUUUAAUUCAUAUAAAUACAAAAUCAAAAUACUGAAAUUAAACAAUAUUAUAGCAUACACAGCAAAAAAGCAUCAGUUUAAAUAAUGGUAAAUAAUGGUAACUGAUAUUGUAACUUUAUAUAUUUAGCUCACCUGAGCACAAAGUGCUUAUUAAGGUAUACAAUUGUGAUCAUCCAGUCUACUACAAGUGCCCUUCGUCAUCCAGUGUGCUUGGUGCUUCUUUAUAUUUACUUUUAUACAAUUAUCAAAAAGUGUGUGUUUUCCCCAAAUGUCUGCUUGAAAAUCCCAUUUAAAGGUCAUGUUUUUUAACAAACAUCAUUCAGUUCAUCUCCCUUCCCAUCAUUAAUGAAACCAUAUCAAAUUUAAUGUUAAAAAACAAUUUUAUUAUCUGUUUUGUAGUAUUUCUAAUGAAUAAAAAUACACAACAAUUUCAAAAUUUUAGUUAAAAUGACAAUUUUUGCCAGUCAACAGCGCCCAGGCUCCAUUCUUAAAAUGGUGAGAGAAAAAAAAUGUCAGGAUGGAGUUCAAAUCAGCGAAUCUGGGUCAAUUGCAUCCCAAAACUAAGUCACCACUCAUGAUGUCACAUUUAUUACUAAAUCUUUAUGAAACUUGGUCAGAAUGUUUAUCUUGACAAUAUUAUGGCUGGUUCAUGUGCAUCCAAUAACUGCAUCACAAGGAAAAAUCUAUGAACAACAUUGCUAUCACACUUUAGGCUUAAUUUAUGACCCAUUGUUUAUGAACUUUGGUCAUAAUGUUUAUCUUCAUUAGGUUUAUGUCAUUUUUGAAUCCAUAUCAAUAUGGGUAAAAAAAACAUGGUCACCAGUUUAAGUCAACAACAUUUGGUGUUUUUAACUCGGGUGAGCACAUUAGGACCACCGUGGCCCUCUUGUUACAUGUUUUUAGCAAAUGUUAUGUUGAUGUUUAUUUUUAUGUAUAAAUGAUUUAAUUUAUUACACCAUUUGUCAUUGAAAUAUCAUGAAAAUCCUUAUAACACACCAAAGCUGUUAAGGAUUUCAAUGUUUUGUUGUAAAUGUGGUUAAAGACAUUUUGUCAAACUUACCCCUUAAAUGCAGAUCUCAAUUAUCAUUAAAAUAUUUAAAUUUUGUGAUUUUAAUAAUAUAUGUCCAAUUUUAAGUUAAUUUUUAUAUCUUUAGAUUUUACAUUGAUAUCAUUGUGAGCAAUAUUAGUGUCUAUUCCAUUGCAACAACAUUAUAUAAAGAAGUAAGGGAGCAAACCUGUAAAAUUCCUAUUAUUAGAUACACCAGCAGAAGUUCCGGUUUUGGACUGCUAUAGUAAAAUGUAGUGUCAUCUUGUUAAAUCUUUACAUAGCAUUCGAGAUUGCUGGUUGAAUUGCACAACAAACUGACUCUGGGGAAAGAAUACAUGCCCUGUUGCUAAUCGACCUGAGCACAACUGGUCAUCUUGAGCUUUUGUAAUUGCCUUUUGCCCAUCGUCUGUCGUAAGCGUUUGUCUUGUAAUCACUACAGGCCACAUUUGUUGUGAAAUGUUCAUACAACUUUGUAAGAACAUAUUUUCCAAUAAAAUUGUCAGCUUAUUUCAAAAGUGGGGCAUGUGCGGUUGAGAUCUAGGUCAACAGGUCAGAUUAAAGAAAAACUUGACGCCACAUUUAUUGCCACAUUUUCAUGAAACUUUCUAAAUAUUUGUCCAAAGGGUAUUUUGACAUAGUUUGAUAUUCUGUAAAAAAAAAGAUGAGGUCUCAAGGUCAAACUAACUAACAAAUGCUUUUUUUUUUAAACUUUAAACACCACAUCAAAAGCCCAAUCUUUAUGGUGCUUUCCUUAUAAGAUUAUUAUGAAACCUUGUGAAUACAACAUUGUACCUGCUCAGAACAGUUUAGUGCCUUUGGGUUUAAAGUGAGCGUAUUAGAGCCAUCGGCCCUCUUGUUUUGCUCUAUUUAAUAACUAGAGUGACGCUUUGUUUUGAAAUUUACUGACAAAAGGACAUGCUUAUGUAUAUUUAUCAAAUAUAAUUUACGGAAUAUAUUUUACUUAAAUAUAUCAACAACAUUUGAUGUUAUUUCAUUCAGAAUUUGAGUAAGGAAUGUGCUAUGGUUGUGUUUGAUUCUUAUACCAAACCAAAAAUGUAUAUUUAGGGCCGUUUUGUAAAAUAUGUGUGUGUUUUAAUUGUAAUUUUGUGUUUUUUAUUACAAAUACAUUUUAUUAUUGAUAUUUA